AUGGCAUUUCAAAUGCGAAUGCCAAUUCCUUUGGAAGAAAGAGCAGAUGAUAAAAAAAAUAUAACAUCUCCAACAGGUCUCUUUGGUAUGAAUGAUCUGAUGAAAGACACAGGUCGAAAUGCUAAAAAUCGGCAAAAAAAAUGGCGCGAAAAGCAGUGGCUAUUCUUGGCUAUUCUUGGCUAUUCUUGGCUUUCUGAAAGACAACUUCUUUACAAUACCGAUUUUGAUAUGACAGCUAUUCACCAAAAAAUUUUUGAAAAUAUUGAUCACAGUUGUUUAGCUGAUGCACCUAAUAUAGUCAUAUUAGAAACUGGCAGAAUUCCAAGUUCAGAUGAAGGAAUAUUUCAAUCCACAGAAAUGUACAAACAAGACUUUAAUUUAGGACUGGAUGACUACUUGGAUGUGGUAGCUGAUGAAGCAAUCUUCAGAAGACUAAUAAAACAGAGAAAAAUAUGGCCAAAACUGCGUCCUAUUCUUGGCCAGUGGCACACAUCCAAAGAUAUGUGUGGAGUUUUAAUUGUAUUGUUUUCGAGCUAUAGAAUUUUUGAACUAGCAAAAGUAUCAGGAGUUAAAUUCUUGGAUAAAUUGGACAAAAUUGUUGAUUAUCAUUUUACAGUUUGUGUUUUAGAGUUAAUAUGGUGUGCAGUAACUAUAUCUAUUUGCAUAUAUAUGAAAAAAACAAACCUUAAUAAAUAUAAUAUAAUGGAUUCAAAUAGUGCACAUCGUGUAGGAAUCCGUGUUGGCAAUUAUAAAUUGCAGAAAAAUGCUUUGGCUUGUUUUGCUGAUUUAUUUACAUCAGCAGGAAAAUCAAACUAUUCAUCAUCAGUUACUCAAUAUUUUGGAAUGCUAGCUCAAUACCCAAAACUUGAAGAAAAAUUGAAAUGUGUUUCGUCAGUUAAAAUUGAUAAUGAUGAAAAACGAAAGGGUCAUUACUUCACAUUUGACGAAGCCCUUGAAACCUUCGGAAUUAAGUUUAUCAAACAGAACAUUACCGGAAAUGUAGUUGAUGAUAAUAAAUUAAAAUUACAAGUCAAAGCUGCCCAGAGUGAACGAGAUUGUAUAGGAAUUUUAUUAUCAGAAUAUCUUAAUGAUCCAUUAGACAAAGAGCUGUAG